UUUUUAUUCUCAUCCAAGUCUAACAGGUGGAGAAGCCAUCUCAUGCAGUCAUUGAUACCACCAUGAUCUUUAGAAGAAGAAAAAAAGAAAAUAAUAUUCUUUAUUCUCUUUGAUCAAGUCUUUCUCCAUAUAAUAUAUGUGUAGAUUGGUCGAAUAUUCGAAGGAAACAGAGUCGUGAGAAGUGCAGCCAUUGAAUGUCUUCUUCUCCAGACUAAAACUUUGUCCCUCUCUUUACCCAAGAAUCUACAUUGUUCUUACAGGGCUAUGGAGGAAGAAGCAGCUACUUGUCAGAUACUAGAAGAGAAAAUCUACGUUGCAGUUGGGAGAAACGUAUGGAAGAACAUAUCAAACCUCUUGUGGGCAUUAAAAAACUCCCAAGGAAACAAAAUCUGCAUCCUUCAUAUUCACUAGCCAUCUCCAAUGAUUCCUCUCUUGGGUGCAAGAUUUGAAGCUUCAACGGUAGAUGAGGAAUCAUUAAGAGCAUACCGAGGCAAAGAAAAGGUCAAAACAGAUGAGAUUCUACAAGACUACCUUAGUAUUUGUCUGUAUAAAGGGGUACAGGCGGAGAAGCUGUGUAUCGAGAUGGAGUCAAUUGAGAAAGGGAUUGUGGAAACUAUAUACCAGCAUAGGAUCAGGAAGUUUGUUAUGGGAGCAGCUGCAGAUAAACACUAUUCCAUGUGUAUAUAUAUCAAGAUUAGACAUGACCAACUCUUUGUUUUUGGAUUAUCUCCUGUGUCCCUUUCUUACAGAGAGUUUGUUAACUACUUUUUGGCUAGAAAACUGGAGGAUCUCAAGUCCAAGAAAGCCAACUUUGUUUGUCAACAAGCGCCUGCUACUUGUCAGAUACACUUCAGCUGCAAAGGAAACCUUAUCCAUACAAGAGAAGCUAGGAUGGAUGAAGUCCGAGCUCUCUCUGUUCUCUUGUCCGACUUUCAACGGCUUGUAUUGCCACAAAAAACCGCUGAUUCACUUGAAGAGGCAGCAAGUCUGAAUGGAGAAAAUAACAGAUCCUCCAUAGAUAUCAUCAGCUCUGAUACAUUGUCAAACGACAGAGACGAAGAUCAAGAGGAACAGGAUGACUCAUCUUCUCAAGUGUUCCCGUGCAGGGGAAUGCGGCUAGACGUAAUAAACUUCCUCAUCAAAUCCACCAUGCUUUGGCAGAAGCUGACAAUCCAAAACCACGAGCAGUCUGAGUGAACCGAAAGAAAUCUUGUUCCCAUUGUACUUUAUACGUUUUUAUCAUUAUCAUCUUGGCACUGCUUUGCUUGGCCAUCUCUUGUAUUUUUGCUGGUAGAGAAAACCAAAUUACCCAAUUCUAAUCAUAUUAGUCUGUCUUCUUUC